AUGUCCUCUGUGCUCUCCUCCAUUGUUCAGACAGUUUUCUACAACAAGAGAUUGUAUCUAAAUUGUCCAUGUGCCAGUUUGCCGUCCCACUCCUUCUCCCCUGCUGCUGAUGGGUCACACUGCACCCUCAUGCUUUGGGCAAAGAGGGACAUUUUGAAGAAGUGGAGACCUCAGUCACUGACUGAUAGGAAAGGGUUCAGUGAGGAAAAUGUGGUGAAUAUUUCCAUGCCUAUUUUCUCCUUCAUCAGACUGGGUGACACCAAACUAUCCAAAUCUAAAAUCCUGAAUCAAGUUCUUAAUCCAGCCCAACAACACCAAAACUUCUUCAUACACGAUGAUAUGGAGGGAGGAAAUAUCGAGAGGAAAAUAUCUGAUGGCCUUGUGGAAAUGUCCUGGUAUUUUCCCUGUGGUAAGUCUGAUGUUUUCCCAGAACCCAUUGCAGUGACCAACCUACGAGGAGACCUGGAGACCAACAUGAACCAAUUCACAUUUCUGACUCGAGUCUCAUCAGCUGUAUUUAUAUUCAUUGAAAGUAUUUCUCAGAUACAAUUCAGAUUGUUAUCAUCCUUCAGUAACACUGACUCACAGUUUUAUUUUAUUGUUACUCCAGAAAAGGGGAAAAAAAUAAGUAAGGAGACCUCAAAGCACAUAACAAAUCUAAUGACAAUUUUACAGAUGAGUGCAACAAAUAUUAUUCUGAAAACCAGCACAGACAAUGAUGCAGCACUGGUGACAAAAAUUCAGAAUGGCAUUGAGAAUGCUUUAAAAAACAGUCAGAAAGAAAGACGAAACCUGUGUAGUGCUACAAAUAUAACUGAAGGACUUCAUAUAUUUGUUGAUGAGAAUUCCGCUGAAUGUCAGAAAGCAAAAGCAAUUGCAAAUAAUAUUACUUCAGUAAUAAAAAAUGUGGAAGGGUAUAAAAAGGAAACAUUGAAAUUACAGGGAGAUCUGUGGAAGGAAUUGUCUAAAGUAGAAAAAGAAAUUUGCAGAAUGACGAGACAAGGGGGAAAAGAUGCACAAGAAUAUCAAUCUGAGCUCAAACAACAGAUCAGAUCACUCCAUGAAAAACAAUACAAACAUGACAUUCCUGUAGGCAUAGUGCAUUUUACUGAAGCAAUUACUGACCUCUCCAAGGCUGAAAAACAUUAUUUCUUGAAAUGGAUGAAAUUUGAACUGGAUUCAAUUGUAAGAAAUAACAUUUCCUUGUUGCAGUCUGAAUACAAGGCAAAAUGUAACAGUAAAUCAUAUACUUCAGAACUUAAGCAGCUGGAUCAGAGAAUCUCAGACAGUUCUUUAGGAAUAGAACAUUUCCUACGUGAGCUGGGACAGUUGUAUGAGGCUGAGUAUUCCACAGUUGUUAACAAACAGAAUAAUAAAACCACAAGACAAUUCACCAAACUUCCAGGAAUUGCUGCUGAUCUCCUAUUAGAUGGGUUCCCCUUAGAGUUGAUUGAUGGUAACGCCUCUAAUAUUCCAUUACAGUGGAUAACUGAUGUUCUGACUGAGCUAGACAAUAAGACAGGAGGACAAUGCAAAAUGAGAGUAAUCACAGUGCUGGGAGUGCAGAGUACAGGGAAGUCCACCCUUCUGAACACCAUGUUUGGUCUGCAGUUCCCGGUGGCCAGUGGACGAUGCACACGAGGAGCCUUCAUGACUCUCCUGAAAGUAAAAGAGAACUUCCAAGAGGAGCUGGGCUGUCACUUCAUCUUGGUGAUUGACACUGAGCCGCUGAAAGCUCCAGAGUUGGCCUCUUUGGAGGACAGCUAUGAACAUGACUAUGAACUGGCCACACUGGUGGUGGGGUUGAGUGAUAUCACCAUCAUCAACAUGGCCAUGGAGAACCCAUCAGAAAUGAAGGAUAUUUUACAGAUUGUGGUCCAUGCUUUUCUUCGGAUGAAAGAAAUCAGGAAGAAGCCCAGCUGUCAGUUUGUACAUCAGAAUGUCAGUGAUGUAUCUGCUCAUGAAAAGAACAUGAGAGACAGGAAGAAAUUUCUAGAACAACUUGAUGAAAUUACAAAAGUAGCUGCAAAUAUGGAGAAUAAACAUGGAAUUACCUGUUUCAGUGAUGUGAUGGAUUAUGAUCCCGAGAAACACAACUGGUACAUUCCUGGACUGUGGCAAGGGGUUCCACCAAUGGCUCCAGUAAACUUUGGCUACAGUGAAAAUGUUUAUGAAUUAAAGAAAUAUUUGCUGGAAUUUUUAAAAUCUCCAAAUUCUAAUAGAAUUGAAUGCAAAAUCCCUGACUUCGUCACAUGGAUAAAAAGUUUGUGGAGCUCAGUGAAACAUGAGAAAUUCACCUUCAGUUUCAGAAACAGUCUGGUGGCAGAAGAUUAUACCAAGCUGUCUAUGCAAUACUCCCAGUGGGAAUGGGACUUCACCAAAAAGAUCCAUAGCUGGAUGAUCACCAAAGAAACUUACAUCAGAAAUCAAUCCUCAGCCAGUCUCAGUGAUGAGAUGUACAUGCAGUUUAAAGUUGAUCUUCAGAGAUUACUGUCAGAAGAGGAAUAUACAAUGCUGAAGCUACUGGAAAUGUAUUUUGACAGCAAAUGUGAGAAUGUUCAUCUCAUUGAACGAUACAAAGAGGAUUUCUUCAUAAGUGUGAGAUUCCUGAAGAAAGAACUGGAAAGGAAAGCGCUUAAUACACUCAAUGAGGCAGUUUCAAUCCAGAAAGGCAAAUUCAAGAUUCCUGAUAUUCAGAAGACAUCUCAGAAACUGAUCGAGAAAGAAAUAACAAAUCUCCUAAAAAACUGCAGAGAAAGGAAUUGUGAACUUGGUGACAUGGAGGCAAAGCAAGAAUUUGAAGAGAUGUGGAAGAAAACCCUCUCUGAUUUACAAAUAGAGGAACUGACAAGACGUAACAUCGGACAAAUGAUUCUUCAUCAGAUUAAGAAUGAAAUGGGUGUAAAGGGAGGCGGUAUUAAUGAAGAUCUAAUCAGUGUGAUGAGCUUGGAUGACUAUGGGAUCAAUCCAUUUGUUCCUGACAAAAGCCACGUUGAAAAGACUUUUUUUUCCUCAUAUCGCAAUGUAUUCUUUAUAAGUCAGGCAUACCUGGACAAGAUAGAAGGUCUUGCAAUGACUUUAAUAGAUAUGUGUGACACAUACAUCAAAGAGAAGGCAGGCACCACAGGGGAUUAUGAUGAUACUUACUUUCAGGAAUUGCUACACAUGAUCAAUUAUAAACUCAAAGACAAAACUACUCACAAAUGUCACUUUUCUCCCAAGUUUGAGUUAGAUGUAAAACUUUUUAUCUUUGGAAGAGCAUCUAGAGCAUUUCAGGGCAUACAUGACAGGUUCAUUCAAGGAAACGACCCCAAAAUUUGCCUUGAAAAAUUAAAACCUCAAUAUUUGGCCACAUUUAAGAGCAUAUUCCAUGAGAAAGAUGAAUGUCAGAGCACUAACUGA